AUGGCAGAAGUUACCGCCUCCGAAGAUAUCCUGGCGAAUAUCAAAGACCAGGUUGUGCUGAUCACCGGCGGAUCAUCUGGUAUUGGCAGAGCGACCGCACAACUAUGUCUAGACCUGGGCGCCAAAGUGGUCAUUGGAGAUCUGAACCCUCCCAAUCCCGAGUUCAAAGACACCGACAAAGUCCAUUACUUGGAAGUAAACGUUACCUCCUGGGAAAGCCUUCGAAACAUGUUCGAUCAAGCGGAUACGACAUUCGGUGGCAUUGAUCACGUCUUCGCCAACGCAGGCGUUGGUCCGACCACAGACUUCUUGGGUAUCAAUCUCAAUGAAGCCGGGCAACUUGAGCCUCCUCUUCUCCGAACAAUCAAUGUCAAUCUGAUCGGCCCACUGUACACAAUCAAUCUAGCACAGGCUUAUAUGAAGCAACUUGCAAGCCGUCGUCCUGUGAAGAAAACAGGCAGUAUCGUCAUCACGGCCUCGGCUUCUUCCUUCCAGAACUUCAGUUCCGGUGACUAUACAAUUGCCAAACACGGUGUCUUGGGCAUGGUCCGUGGUCUAGUGCACAAGCUUGAAGCUGAAGGUCAAAUCCGCUUGAACGCGGUCGCGCCUUCUUGGACUAGAACGGGGAUGGUCCCCAUUGAAACUAUCCAGGCUAUGGGUGUUCCAGUUCAGACACCCGAGGCUGUUGCGGAGAGCGUGGUGCUGCUGUUUGCUGAUGAGACUCGACAUGGAGAAGUCAUCUACAGCUCGCAGGGCAAAUUCAAGGAGAUUAAUAAAGCUGAUGGGGGGCUUUUGUCCAUGACGAAGGGGUUGCUUUAUAAUGAAGAUAAUUUGGAAGGUGUGAUGCGAAAUGUCAAUGAGCAGGUGGCCAAGGCAUAA